CUGAAAUGUGCUGCCCCUGAUUUGAGGUGGCAGCUUGUGCCGGUCCUGCACUAAUUGCUUCAGGUGUGCAGCUUGUUCUGCAAAUGGCUGCAAGGAGGUGCAGGGCUGCCUCCCUGCUAAUGUCCCACAUGUUAGCUCACUUCGACGCACCACCUACUCUUCUUCUUUUUGGCAUUUUGUGGUAAAACAAAACAAUGUAUGUGUGAGGAAACAUGAACGCGUCACUAAACCUCUCCACCUUGGACAUUGACUCCAGCACUGGUGGUGCUGACUCACAAAGAAUCAUGCAACUUCACCACCGCUCAGUCAAGGUGAGCAUCAUCAUUGUUUUGGGGGUGAUGAUCACUUUGGGGAACAUUGCCGUCCUCCUGGUCAUCACGUCCUCUGUGGCCGGCUGGUCAAGGAGCUCUCGGUACUUCCUGCUUUCCCUCACAGCUGCAGACUCCGCCUUCGGGUUACUGGUCAUGCCCUUGAACUUGUGGGUGAGUCUGAUCAAAGACUACACAGACGGGCCUGACUGGCUGUGUCACAUGGUGGCCUUCUGCAAUGCUACAGUGUACUCUACCUGCAUGUACACACUGGCCGCCAUUAGCCUGGAGAGGUACAUUGCUGUGCUCUACCCCCUCAAGUACUCCUCCUUAAUGACCAGAAAAAGGACACUGCUACUUAUUGCCUUCUCUUGGUGCUUCCCACCAUGCCUCCUCGUGCCAAUAUCCUUCCCUGAUGGCAUAAUCCAGGUCCACUUUUCCACCGCAUCGCUGGUCUGCAAUCCGUCCUACUCCACCAAUGUGGCCUACUCUCUAAGCCUGACCUGUGUCAUCUUCUUCCCGUGCUCCAUUGUCAUGACAUACGCCAACAUGAGGGUGUGGUACGCCGCCAGGACACAGAGACGCAAAAUGCGGCAGUUUGAGCGUGUUUGCCGCAAGAGACACAAUGUGGCCUCUAGGGUGUUGGUUCCUGUCAUGGCUGCUUACUUCAUUUGCUGGACACCAUGCAUGGCAGCCAUGAUCUACAACGCACUCUCUGGAAGCACUGUGCCAGAGUGGAUAGAAUUUGUGGUGGUAUGGCUGCCAACAUCCAAUGGUUUCCUGAACUGCAUCUUCUACUUCUGGAUCAACAAAAGCUUCCGUCGGAAAUUCUACCUCGUAAUGGAAAGGCUGGCUCAAGGUCUCUGCCCAGAACUGGUCAACACUCUGGGUUGCUGCAUCCCUUCAAAGACUCCAUUUGUGUCAAGGAUGCUGAAUAACAACAACAGUGUACAUGAAAGGUCAUCCAGUGUUUCUUCCACCUGCACACUGAUGACAUUGGCCUAGCAGCUCUUCAACUGAAUAGCACCACAGGCAUAGGAGAGUGCUUUUAUAUGACUGAAGCCACUUGACUGGUUAGUGCAUAGAAAGGGGACAUGCGCUAUGGGUCAUCAAGUUGCUUUGCAAAUGGUUUGACGCCCAGACUAGGCUAGGAUGACAAGUGCAUGAAAUAAUUGCAGAAACUGUAUAAUAUAUAAUUAUGAUUGCAUCUUCCUUUGAUUUCUUUUUUAUGAACUUGUUUGUUUUUUGUUUUUUUUUGUUUUUGUUUUACCCCCUGCACACAGUGUUGCAAAGAUUAAGUGCACUGUCAGUGAACAUCUCUUAAACCACCUUUUAGUAGUUUUAGAGUAAUGCCCCAGCCUAGCCUGUACCCCACAUAUGCAAACUUUAUUUUUAUUUCACCGCUGUAAACUGUUUUUAAUAAUAUCACAUUCUUGAAUGUUUAUUAGCGUCAAUUCAUUUGACUUCAACCAGUUAAACAAUUUUUUUUUUCUGUGAACCAUAUGUGAUUGCAAGCACAUUGAAGGAUCUUUGCCAUCCACCUGUUCCUCGUUUUUAAAACUGAGAGUGCAUGGAAAAACCUUGGCGUGUAACAGCUGGGAGAAGUUAACCUUUAAGUCACGGCAUUUGAGCAUAUGUAAUGAGAAAAGUAAUUAAGCAAUGACAUCAUAUUGAAAGGUCAACACCGGUCUGCUGCUAGAAGAUAACUUGGGUGACUUCUGAGGUUGUUUGUUUUGCUGUGACACUCAUCUGUUCUCAUGUGUGACAGAGAGAGAUCAUCAUCGUCGGAGUGGAUUAAACGACAAAACGUACAUUUAAAACUAUUUUAUGCAACAUAUUUUAGCCAUGGCUGUGUGCCAUGAUGGAAAAAUUCAGUUACCCAUUCCCACAAAGUUGUAUCAGCAUCCUAUAAAUGUCAUUGUGUGAGUUGAACACUGAAGAUUAAGUUAUUUGUGUUUGUUAAAGAGUUAUUUUUUUGAGCACAUGGGUUUAUGAAUGAUCAAAGAAAUAAAGCAUUAUGCCUUUUGAACUGUGUAGACUCGCUUCGUGUGGAAAAAUGCUCAGAUGAUUUACAUCUGCAGGUUAUAUGCAUGGCUAAGCUGCAACAUAUGAGAAAAAAAACAUCACUUGUUACUGAAAAGUCCAAACUAAA